AGCAAGACAAGGGCAUUUCAUCCAAUUUGAGCUCGACCUGUCAAUUCUUCGUUUACUCGAAAGCUUCGAUCAAGGAAUUCUUUCAUUUGAAUAACAAUAUAGACUAUUGAAAAGCGGAAUUCUGAUAGUUUUCGUUGGCAUUCGAGUUGGUUUUACUGUUGUCUUGCAUCGGUCCAUAAAAGAUUUUGGGCGUAAACACAGGGCUGAGACGUGCUAAAGAAAUGGCUUCUACAUCAAAAACAGACUGGGCUACCAAACUGACAAGCGAGCAACUUGAAGAGUUCAAGGAGCAUUUUGAAAUGUUUGAUAAAGAUGGCGAUGGUACAAUUACAACAAACGAACUUGGUACAGUAAUGAGAAAUCUUGGUCAGAAUCCUAGCCAGGACGACUUGAAACAGAUGAUCAGUGAAGUGGACGAAGAUGGAACUGGAGAUAUCGACUUUGACGAAUUUUGUACGUUGAUGGCACGUAUGAUGGGACUUGACGGUAUGGAUGAGGAGCCCGAGGCUGAAGAGAGUCACAAAGAGGCUUUUAAACUCCUUGAUCAAAGGGGAACUGGACAAAUAAGUUCCACGCAUUUCAAGGAAAUACUUGGGAGUAUUUCGGAGAAACUGUCGCAGUCAGAAAUUAACCAGAUAAUAGAGGAGAUUGACCCCGAUCACGAUGGAAAAAUCAACUUUUCGGAUUUCUGCAAGACGCUGGUCUUUUAGAGCUGCUGUUGCAAAUCAGGCAUUAUUUAAGGAACUCUUUACUAUUUUCUUUAGUUUACUUAUGUAACUAUAUCAUUACGACUUUUUAUCCUGCAUUUGAAUGUAUCAUUUUUCAGUA